AUGUAUCCAUCCAAACCACAGAAAAUGGACUCAGAACCUCCCACGCACACAGACCAGUACAUCCAUUACAACUCCUGCCACCAUCCCAAGAUAAAACUAGCCAUCAUCGCCACCCUCACUCGACGUGCAAAAGCGAUCUGCCAUCCCGACGCUCUCAGCAACGAACUGGACCAUCUCAAGCACACCUUCACCUCACUCAAUGGCUACCCUGCACAUGUAGUCUGCAGAAUCAUCAACAAGACCCUCAAAACAUCCAAACCUAAACCCAAAGCUGCCCCAUCACCCAUCAGGAUCACCAUUCCCUACCUAGGCCCUGUCAGCCACCAGAUCUCCCGACUAGUAAAGAACAAGGCUAAUAUUGAUGUCACCUUCUCCAGCAACAAGACCAUCAAAACCCUCCUGCACGCCAAUGGCAGAGGCACCAGCAGCUCAACACCCAACCCCAGAGGAUGUGUAUAUCAAAUUCUCUGCAAUUGUGGUGACCCAUACAUCGGCGAAACCCUCAGGCCCCUGAACACCAGACUCAAAGAACAUCAAGCAUCCGUCAACAAACUCGACCUCAAAUCUGCUGUUUCUGAACACAUCAACAAGAACCAGGACCACGCCAUCAUAUGA